AUGAUUUCUUCAAGUACUUGGGUUCCAAGAGGUUUUGCUUCUGAAUUCCCAGAAAAAUAUGAAUUAAAUGAUGAAGAAAUGGAAAGAAUAAAUGCAAUGGCUAAUUUAGAAUUAAAUGAUGCAAAAGAAGAUUUAAAAGUAGCAGAAGAACAAGAAGAAGCGCAAGGUAAAAGUUCAACUUCAAAAUUAAAAGAUCAACUUGAAAUAGAUGAUGAUUUAAAAGAGUAUAAUCUUGAGUCUUAUGAUGAUGAAGUAGAGGAAAAUGGUGAAAAAAUAACAAUGUUUCCAGGUUUGUCAAAUACUGGAGCAAAAUUUCAUAAUGAUGAAGAAGAAGAAGAUGCUUAUUUAACCUUACCUACUGAGACUGAUGAUCAAGAAGAAAAGCAAGAAAAUCAAAUAUAUCCAACUGACAAUUUGAUAUUGGCUACAAGAACAGAAGAUGAUAUUUCUUGGUUAGAUAUAUAUAUUUAUGAUGAUGGUGCAGGUUCUCCAAAUGGUGAAGAAGAAGAAGAGGAUAAAUUAGAUCAAGAUGUUGCAAAUGGUUUAGUUAGAGAUCCUACAUUAUAUGUACAUCAUGAUAUAAUGUUACCUGCAUUUCCAUUAUGUGUUGAAUGGGUGAAUUAUAAACCAGCGUCAGAAACAGAUGAUAAUAUAGGUAAUUUUGCAGCUGUUGGUACUUUCGAUCCACAAAUUGAGUUAUGGAACUUGGAUUAUGUCGAUAAAGCAUUUCCUGAUUUAAUAUUGGGAGAACCUAAUAAAAAUUCAUUUACUGCUACAAAAUCAAAGAAAUCUAAAAAAUCAAAAGGUCAUAUAACUACACAUCAUACAGAUGCUAUAUUAUCAUUAUCACAUAAUAAAAUACAUAGAUCUGUUCUUGCAUCCACUUCAGCUGAUAAAACUAUAAAAUUAUGGGAUUUAAAUUCCACUACUGUUGUUAAAUCAUUUAAUCAAAUUCAUCAUAAUAAAACAGUGUCAUCAUCACAAUGGCACCCACAAGAAUCUUCAAUUUUAUUAACUGGAGGUUAUGAUUUUAAUGCUGCUAUUUCAGAUGUAAGAAGUGAUAAUUCAACAAAAUAUUAUAAUGUUGGUAAUGAAGAAGUUGAAAAUGUAAAAUGGAAAAAUCAAUCAGAAAUAUUUUAUGUUGGUACUGAUCAAGGUAAUUUAUAUUGCUUUGAUAUAAAAUCUGAAAAACCAAUAUGGACAUUAAAAGCACAUGAUUCAGGAAUAUCAUCAUUAGAUGUAAAUAAUUUUAUUGGUGAUUUGUUAGUAACUUCAGCAAUGAAUGAUAAAGUUGUAAAAUUAUGGAAAUGUAAUGAUUCAAAAGGUCCUUCAAUGAUUUUAAGUAGAGAUUUUGGAUUAGGUAAUGUUUUAACUUCUUCAUUUGCUAAUGAUAUUGAAGUUGGUGGUAAUUUAAUUGUUGGUGGUAUAACUGGAGGAUUAAAAAUGUGGGAUACGUUUUCGAAUUCAUCAAUAAGACAUAGUUUCAAAUCUGAUUUGAAUAAUUUGCAACUAAAAGCUAGAGAAGAAGCAAAAUCACAAGGUAGAGCUUCUAGAAUAGCAAGAAAAUAUCAAAAUGAUCAACAAGAAAUAACAAUGACUGUAGAAGCAGGUGGUGAAGAUAGUGAUGAAGAUGAAGAAAUAGAGCAAAUGGAAGAAGAAGAAGAUUAUGAUGAAUAG